UAGGGGUGACAACCGUUCGGGUCGGGUAAAAUUUGACACAAAUCCGAAAUCCGGAAUAAUAUUCUAGAAAUUGUCUGUCUGGUGUUUGUUGCUCCGCGGCCCCUUGAGACUCGGGCCAUCUCAAAACGCCUUCCCCUCUUCUCUCUCUCCACAGCCCAAGGGGGAGAAAAAAACAAUAAUAACAUAAUAAUAAUGAUAACGAUAAUAAUAAUAAUAAAAGGAAAAAAGAAAAAAAAAAGAAAACUUUAUCUCAGAUCUUUCCCAAUACUGAAUAUAAUUAUAAUAAGGUUCUCCACCCGGCUUCUUCUUCUUAUCCUACAGUCGAACGCAAAACACAAAGAAGCGUGAACAAUGAAGCUGCUUUUAUUUUAUUAAUUAAUAUUAUUGUUAUUAUCAAUAAAUCAAGAGGGAAGAUCCAAGGACAUGGCAACAAUGAAGCUGGGAUCCAAAUCUGAAGCCUUGCAACUUGAUGGAUGCACAUGGGUUUGUAAAAGUGAGCUUGUUAGUGAUGUUGUCAUUGAAGUGGGAGAAAUGUCCUUUCAUCUCCACAAGUUUCCUUUGCUGAACAGAAGUGGUCUGUUGAAAAAAAUGAUUAGUGAAUUCCAAAGUCCAGACGGGAAAUGUUGUGUGUUGCAGCUCCAUGACAUCCCUGGUGGUGCCCAGUCGUUUGAACUUGUAGCGAAAUUUUGUUAUGAUGUUAAGAUAGAACUCAAUGCUCUUAAUGUGGUCAGCCUACGAUGUGCAGCGGAGUUCCUUGGCAUGACUGAAGACUGUGUAGGUGGAAACCUUAUUUUGCAUACUGAGAACUUCCUGUAUGAAGUUUUCGACAGCUGGAAAGACUCCAUUAAAGCCCUUGAAACAUGUGAUGAAGGGAUUCUCUCCCAGGCUGAAGAGCUCCAUAUUGUGACAAGAUGCAUCAAUUCACUUGCAGUGAAGGCUUGUGCUGAUCCCUCUCUUUUUGGAUGGCCGGUGGUUGGAAGGAUUUCGAUGAAGAGCCCUGAAGACAGCAGCAGUAUUCCUUGGAAUGGCAUCUGUACAUUAGAAAAAUCAGUGAGCUCUGCAGGUGGAGGAGGAGGAGAUUGGUGGUAUGAAGAUGUAUCUUUCCUCAGUUUACCUCUGUACAAAAGACUAAUCCUGGCCAUGGAUUCAAAAGGGAUGAAGCCAGAAUAUAUUGCAGGAUCUCUCAUGUUCUAUUCCAGGAGAUUUCUUCCAGGCUUGACAAGGGCCUCGAGCUUCCGGGAAGGCCCCAACAGGAUCAAUCCUGCAGCAGUCUCAGCACCUACGGAGAGUGACCAGAAGGUUCUUCUUGAGGAGAUAGUUGGGUUGCUUCCCACGAAAAUGGGAGUGACCCCUACCAAGUUUCUGCUUCGACUGCUCCGGACCGCCAUGAUCCUACAUGCAAGCCCUUCUUGUCGGGAGAAUUUGGAGAAGAAAGUUGGAUCCCAGUUGGAUGAAGCUGCCUUGGAGGAUCUUCUCAUACCAAAUCUGGGCUACUCCAUGGAAACUCUUUAUGACAUCGAUUGUUUCCAGAGAAUCCUUGACCACUUCAUGCUCAGUGAUCAAUCAGCAUCCGCUAUUUCUACAACUUCUCCUGGCAUAACAACAGAUGAGCGUCAGCUUGCAAGCUCUUGUUUAUCCCUGACGCCAAUGACUAUGGUGGCAAAGCUUGUUGAUGGUUAUCUUGCAGAAGUUGCACCUGAUGUGAAUCUGAAAUUUCCGAAGUUCCAAUCACUAGCAGGUGUCAUCCCUGAAUAUGCGAGGCCUUUAGAUGAUGGAAUCUAUCGUGCAAUAGACAUAUAUCUAAAGUCGCAUCCAUGGCUGACAGACUCAGAAAGGGAGCAGCUUUGCCGACUAAUGAACUGUGAGAAGCUGUCAUUGGAAGCAUGCACACAUGCAGCACAGAAUGAGAGGUUGCCCCUCAGAGUUGUGGUGCAGGUCCUCUUCUUCGAGCAACUUCGCCUGCGAACCUCCAUUGCGGGAUGGUUCUUCGUCUCCUCUGACAACAACUCCCGUCCUCAUCAUCAUCCUCAUCCUCAUUCUCAUCCUCAUGGAGAAGCCCACAAGAAUGAUCUCUUCCCACCGACAGAUGACAUCACAAUAGAUGAUGAAAAGGAUAACGAUCAUCAUCAACUCUUAGCUGUUGACGAGAUGAGGUUGCGGGUCUCCGAGCUUGAGAGAGAGUGUUCCAGCAUGAAGCAAGAAAUUCGCAAGCUUGGCAAGCAAAAGACUGGAUGGGGUUUUUUCUCCAAAAGGUUUGGGCUUGGCUCCAAAUCACAUCUACUUUGAAAGACAAAUGAACCACUAGAGUUUUGUAGCUUACUUCACCCAACGAAAGAAGUUAAAUUUUCAUUUACAUAAAUCUCACAACAUUGGUUUAUUUUUCUUCUAUUUUGUUAUAUUUAUUUAUUUAUUCUUUUUUUGCAUA